UGACAAACGCUAUCGUGACGUUUGGUACAUCUCUGCCGCCAGUUCCUUCACCACGCUCAUCUGCAGCAUCAUCUAGCAAUUUGAAUCAAUUACAUCAUGACCAACAGCACGGCAUACGUACAACGCGAACGCGAUGGCAAGCAAACCUUGGUCAAGGAUGAUGUCCAACUGCCUGAGCGUGCAGCACAUCAAAGUCUUGUGAAAGUUCAGUACGUUGCUCAGAACCCCACUGACAUCCAGACACUCGACUCCAAUGCAUUCGGCGACGGAACAGUCCUCGGCUGUGAUUUUGUCGGUACCGUAGAAGAGACCGGUAAAGAUACCAAAAACCUCGAGAAAGGAGAUGUGGUCGCUGGUCUCAUCUGGGGUGGUGAGAUCAAAGGUCUCGGAGCCUACGGAAGCCACACAUUCGUGGAUGAUCGCAUCAGUUUCAAAGUCCCUGAUGGUGUGAAGAUGGAAGACGCUGCAACUCUUCCGCUUGCUUCGUGUACUGCCUGGCUGGCCAUGUUUUCCAAGGAUUGUUUGGCAAUCCCUAAGAAGAAUGCAAAGACAAGCAUCUUGAUCUGGGGUGGAAGCUCGAGUGUCGGAUCUUAUGCCAUUCAAGAGGCUGCCAUGUAUGGCUUUAACAUUAUCACAACCUGCAGUCCACAAAACUUUGAUCUGGUCAAGAAGCUGGGAGCCGCCCACGCCUUUGACUACAAUGAUUCUGCUGUUGUUGAGGAUAUCAAAAAGGCGGCGCCCGAUCUUGAGUACACGUUCGACACCAUCGGUUCAAGGGACUCUUCUGCACAAGCCUCGAAGGCGAUCAGGUCUGGGGGUGGUACCCUUUGCACUGUUCGCCCUGGCAAGGCAAACACCGAGGACGUCGCCAAACACGUCAAAAUCACCGACGUCCUGGUCUGGACUGCUUUCCUCAAGGAUCACCAAUACAAGGAGUUCAAGUGGCCCGCUUCCAUUGAUGACCACGAGCUAUCAGCCGAACUAUUCGAGAAACUCCCAGCUUAUUUAGAGCAAGGAAAGAUCAAGCCAAACAAUGUCAAGCUGUUUGAUAGUCUGGAUUCCAUUCACGACGGCUUUGCCAUGCACCGAGAAGGCAAGAUUUCUUCUUUCAAGAUUGUAUACAAGGUAUAGGCGAACAUCGGUGCUGUCUCGCGACUCCAGAUAUAGUCACUGCAUCAAAAUAGAGCUGUCAAAAUGCAAAAUCCUUUCCGAUGUGGGAGAGCACGCAAGUGGAAAGACAGAGCUUAGUUGCUCCCAGUACAUGAGCUUGUCAAGCAGAAAACAUUAAGCCCUUCAACAGCGUG